AUGGCCAUUCCUUCCACUUUCGAGGCAGUCAAGGCUCAUCUUGCCGAGGUUCAAGCGACCCCAUCCACGCCCCUGGACGUCUCCUUAAUUGCCCGACUGAAGCUACAAUUAAUCAACGACGCCGAUCCCGUUGUCCCCGCCACGAUCUUAUCGCAGGUCUCGACCCUGCUACCCGUCAUUCAAGAAGAUCCCACUCCCCUGACCACACUCGCAACGGCUGCAUGCGGCUCUUUGAGCUUCACGGACAUUUGUUCCAUUGAACCGGCAAUCGAUUUCACUGCGGGCUUUCAGGCUCCGUCAGAACCCAUCAAUUUGCUUGCACUUUCAUUGCUUGCCAAGGCUGCACAGACAUCCAGUGAUGCAGCAAUAGUGGCUGGGAACUCGCAGCUUGUCAGUGCUCUGAUCCAGCUUUGGCUUACGACGUCAUCAACUGCGGUUACCCAGGCUGCACUCGAUGUGCUUUGGGACCUGUUAGAAGUAGAUUCCGUGAGUCCACUGGAAAAGGGGGAAUGUGAGAACAGCACCGAUGAUCCACGCACAGGCCAAGGAUUGAUGUGGAGGAGAGUGUUCAAGGACAAGGAUGUAUACGGGUUGUUGUUUGGACUCUGCAGCCUGAAAGGCGAUGCACCAGAAGGCUUGACAAAGCGAGAGCGAACUGUGGCACAAGGCAGGCUGAUGGGUCUUCUUGUCCGAGCCGGUCGCUUGCAUUGGGACAUCGUUUCUAAAUCGCAAAAUCCAGAGAUCGAAGCAAGAUAUGAGAGCUCAAGUCUACUCGAAUUUGCAACAACUCGGAUGGUGGAUUUGAGCGACGUACUCAUGCACAUGACCGUCUUGGGCUUUUACGGAGACUUGAUUAGGAUCGACGCCCCCGGUCUUGUAGCUCGGAGCGCAGUGCAGUCCGCAUCAACUUUUUCUUCGCCUGCUCUGGAUUUUCUCAUCUCAGCAGGUGUACAUGAGAAGGUGAUCAGCUACUAUCUCGACGACUCAAAGUUGGAGCCGGUGGAUCUGAUCUACCUCUCUGGUCCGACCAUGGCUUAUAUUGCCAAAUACGCGGAGCUGUACCCUAAUCACAUUCUCACGAAUCCGUCGACUGUGCUAGACGGGAUUAUUGCACGCAUCAACCGGUCUCUCGCCGUUUCUUCUACUCAGUGGGCACGAGGUAAUGUUCCAACUGGACACCUGAGCAUCCUAGCUUCUCUUCCUCGGGCACUUAUCAUUGAGGCUGGGAGACAUGGCUUGAAUCCGUUACUACGGAUUCCUACUUCACCCCCGAAUGGUGAGGCGUUCGAUGUCCUUGGAAAGAUUUUCCACGGGCCAACUCGGACCACCAUGCCGGAUGCGAUGGAUUUGAAUGCAUCAGGCCAGACCCCGACAGACUGGCAUCGUGAAGCUGGUGCUGCCCGUGCCCUCUACUUCAUGUAUCUUAACCACAACCCUGGAUUCUGGUCUGAUAUUGUUUCAGCAGCAGAUGUGUUGGCGAUGAAGGACGUCGCUCUGUCCGCAAUUGCUUUCAUGAACGCUAUUGUGCUCGCAAACUGGGAACCCCCAUAUCCCGCGUCGCACGUGGAGAACAACUCUUCGCGAUUCAAGCUGCCGUCUGAAGAGGAGCUGGGUAAAUUGUCGCCCGCACCUAGUGGUCUUCUUCCACUAUCGGGACCCUGGGCUGUGCUGACUCCGCCUGCGUUGACCACUCUCUUACCGUAUCUUUUCAAGCCACCACGGACAUAUGCCGAAUUCGUGGGUGGUGGAGCUGGUGACUCGCAACAUGCUGUUUGGAAGGUCGCCACGGCGAAGCAUGAGGUACUUGUCGCGCUGUACAACCGCCUUCGUGAAGCCGGUGGGCAGGCGGAAGGCUUUGAGGAUAUUUUACGGACUCUGCGCCAAAGAGUCAACGAAGGCCCUGCAGGCCCUGUGCAAUCUACCGCCCCUCAAGUAGAAGCCAUCGGUCUCUAA